AUGUCAUACUCUUCGUAUCCUUCAGGAUCCCCCUAUCGUCCAUCACCUUCUGCUUCCCCUCCACCAUCGCUUUUCCGAUCAACGGGAGAUCUCGAAAAGCUCGUAUCACCUCAUUGUCUCACUCCUGAAGCUCGAAAAAGACCUCUUCCAACCAAUGAAUGGUGGGGAAAUUUAUUAGCAUGGAAUGGACAACGUGAUAGUGAUGCUGUCUUUGCAAGUCCUUUUACUUAUAAGGUCGUAAAGAAUCAACCUGGUAUCAUUGGAAAUGGUUUAUCGGUCAGUUACUUGGUUCAAUACCGAACGGACGGUCCCAUUAACGACAAUGGAGCUCCUCAUUUUUACUUUUAUCCACCGGCUAUCAAGAAUUUAAUCUUCUCAGCUGUUGAGCUGGCUGGAGAUAAUGGAGGUUUACCUCCCUUUUGUAUUCAGAAUUGGGAUGAUAUGGGGGUACACGUUGCUCUAGGAGGCAUUAGUACGUACUUGGCUUUAGGCUCUGCCUUUACAACAUUUGAGUAUCAAGACAUGCAAGUUCAAAUUGGUACAGAUCAUGGAAUUGUUGCAAUUAAUGGAGCUCCUCCAAGAGAUGGUCAUCAGAUCAAUGGAAAUCACUUUGUCAUCUCACUUAAUAAUGGACAAGUGUGGCUGCUAUAUAUUUUCUCCAAUGCUGGUGGAAACGUCUCGCUCGUAUUCCAAGACAAUACACUCACGGCCAAGACAAAGUUUACUGGAGUUGUUCAAGUCGCCUUUGUCUCGACAAGUAAACUGCAACCUCUGGUACCUCAGGAUGACCACAAGGUUCUGCAACUUUAUCACGCUAGUGCAGGUAUUUUCCCUAGAGGAGUCACAGUGGAGACGCUGGAUUCCAAGUCAUUUGUCUUCCACUGGCAGCUUGCGACUGCUGCAGGAUGCAAACAAGGAGCUCGCUUCCUUCAUUUUGCUCUGACACAUUUACAAGGUAUGCUAGAUCCAUCUACGGUGGAAGCGAAGCGUGAGCUUAUGUUGCAUUCACAUACGCAUGGACCAUUAUUUGCGUACAUGUUGAUGACAUCACAACAUUCCAAUCCGACGUGGCUUUGCCGUGUGCCCCAAGCUGAAAGUCAGAGUGUUGAAACAUGUUUAGCAUUUUACCCACCACGUGCUGGUUCCCUUACGCGAGAGGAAGUGGAGAAGCUCAACUUGUGUCGCUUUGUCACCAAUGAAAUCCACGAAGAAUGGCCUCUGCCUCAUGAUGGAAGCUACUACUUCAAAGGCAAAGCCCUACAGAAGUUUGGUACCAUGUGUCUUGUUGCGCGGCAGCUAGCUGAGACGACUCACCCUGAAAUGAGAGACGUGGCACAACACGGCAUUUCCAAAUUCCAGCAACUGCUGUCAAAGUUUGCAAAUAAUGAAUCAAAGUUUCCACUUGUCUAUGACACCGUCUACAAGGGGAUUAUCACAUCGGAGGCAUUGGUCAGGAAUGACAUGAAUGUUGAUUUCGGCAAUGCUGUCUACAAUGAUCACCACUACCACUACGGCUACAUCGUAACUGCAGCUGCUAUGGCCCUUUACUUGGAUCCGUCUUGGCGUCACUCGGUCGAUGCCGUCAAGAUUCGAACACUCGUUGACACUUUGAUCCGUGAUGUGGCUACAUCUUCUCCUACCGGCAGUGACCCGUAUUUCCCACGCUUUCGAUACUACAACUGGUGGCUUGGACACUCAUACUCACACGGAGUGACUCCAAUGGCCGACGGCAAGGAUGAGGAGUCGACGUCGGAAGAGGUCAACAUUCUGUAUGGUAUCGCACUAUACGGCCAAAUUACGGAAAACGCACAACAAGAGGCGCUAGCAAAGUUGAUGCUCAAGGUUUACGUGCGCGCAGUGAACACCUAUUUCUUGCUCCGGAAUGACGGCCCUCCCAUCCACCCUGCCGGCUUCGCAAAGAACAAGGUCACGGGCGUCUUCUUUGACAACAAGUGCGACUAUACAACGUGGUUUAGCCCCAAAAAGGAAUGUAUUCAUGGUAUCCAAAUGAUUCCUGUGUCUCCGAUCCUCGAAGUCUCUCGUUCACCACGCUUUGUACGAGAGGAAUGGGACGAAGUGCUGAGCAGACUACCCAUUGUGCACGAUUGGAAGGCAAGCCCAUGUAGCUGGACAUCACUAUUGUUUGCGAACUACAGCGUGUUGAACCGCGCAAAGGCCUUGAAAGUACUCGCCGAAUGCCCCAUGGACGACGGCCUUAGUCGCGCCUGGGCACUGUUCUAUGCCGCCACUCGACCGCCACCCUCUUGCUAG